ACCACCACCGUCGCCACCGGGAGAGCAGAUGGAGGAACUCCGGAGAGGGCCGUGGACGGUGGAGGAGGAUCUCUUGCUCGUCCAGGUCGUGGCGGAGCACGGCGAGGGCCGGUGGAACGCGCGGGCGAGCCACGCAGGUGCCUUGUUUAAACCUUUGAAGGGGUUGAAACGCAGCGGGAAAAGUUGUAGACUACGUUGGCUCAAUUAUCUUCGCCCUGAUGUUCGGCGCGGUAACAUCACCGCGGAGGAGCAGCUCCUCAUUCUGGAGUUGCAUUGCCGUUUCGGAAACCGGUGGUCGAAAAUCGCUCAACACUUGCCGGGAAGGACUGAUAAUGAAAUAAAGAACUAUUGGAGGACCCGGGUGCAAAAGCAUGCGAAGCAACUCCGUUGCGACAUCAACAGCAAGACAUUUCGAGACAUCGUACACUUUGUAUGGAUGCCACGCCUCUUGGAGCGCAUCCAUGUGGACAACGAUCGCACCGUUGGAUCGUCGUUGAUAACUUCAUCAGAAGAGCACUCAAAUUUUACUAACCCUAAUUCGACCAUUGUGCAAGUUCAAGGAGAUCAACGGGACGACAAAGUAAAUACAGAGUCGACUAACGGAGAUUUCCCGAUCGGUUACGAAGAGGAGAAUUGGGACAUUGAACAAGAUGGAUGGACCAUAAAUGAUCUAUUGAACGAGUAUAAUACAUGGGACAUCGAAAAUUAGUAGUUUAGGGUUCGAUUAGGAUUUAUCUCUUUCAAAAUGUAUUGACAAAUCUACAUCGAGCCUGAACUAGACUUGGACUUUGGUUGAGCCCACUA